UGUACAGACCCAGUUACUCGCAGUCCUCUGGCUGCUCGCAACUCCUGAUUCAUUUAGCAGAUAAAAAUGCCUUUUUUCCGGAAAAUGAGUAUAUAAUAGGCGAUAAAGCUUAUCCGGUAUUAUCAUGGUGUUUAGCUCCAUAUAUGAAUAGAGGCAAUUUGACCGAGGUACAAAAGAAUUUCAAUGAACACUUGUCAAAAAUGAGGCAAAUUAUUGAAAGGGCAUUUGCCCUUCUUAAAGAAAGAUUCCGACGCCUUAAAUAUUUACAUAUGAGUUGUGCUUAUCUAAUACCUUAUGUCAUCUUGGCAUGUUGUGUACUCCACAAUAUUUGCUUAGAAGGUUGUGGUGAUGAUGUGGAUGAUUUUAUACACGACGGUAUGGAAUGUGAUGUUGGUAACAAUGAUGUGAAUGAUG